AACCUGGUCUAUAUGUAGUUCAACACUCGACACACACUACGGGUAUACGAGUUACACAAGCCAUUAUUCGAAUGAAUAGCUACAGUGGGAGUGGUGCAAGUGAAGGCCUGUUGAACUUCCUGGUCGAAAUGUGCAUAUGCCUUGGGGCAGUCUCUGGGUCUAGUUGCUUGUGAACAACGCAGGUGAGUACAUGGAGUUCAACAUGGCAACGCCUGGUAAAGGUACGACACAGGACAGUGCUGAAGAAUACCACUCUCAGAUAGCGGUGCUUAUGUCCCCUGUCAUUGUCACCAUGGGGAUAAUGAUGCUGGUCGGCUUCUUUGGCAAUAUCCUGGUGAUCUAUAUCUACGCUGUCAGGCUGAAGAGAAGCACCACGCGCCUGUUCAUCACCGCCCUGGCUGUUGCUGACACCGUUGUGUGCAUUGUGUGUAUUCCAGUAGAAAUUGUUGUAGUCCGUUACCUGUACUCCUUCGAUAUCCCAUGGCUCUGCAGGGUGUUCCGGACGAUUGUCCUUGCCUGUGUGACCACUUCAAUAUCCGUGCUUAUAUCUAUCGCCGUUGACAGAUACAAAAGGGUAUGUACUCCUUUCAAGUCUCAGAUUUCUGUCAAAAGGGCGAAAAUUGCAGUUGGUAUUGGCUGUAUUGUUGCUAUAACUCUUGCGUCACCCUCGAUGGUCAUUUUAGGCAGGAAGACGGUCAACAGAACUGUUGUCGGCUACGCAUGCGCCACAGAUGACAGUAUGGUCAAGACACCAUUCCCAGGGCUCUUUAACGGGAUGCAACUUCUCAUUGCCGUUAUCUCCAUAUCAACUCUUACUACGCUUUAUGCGCUGAUUCUGAAGAGAGUCCGAGCACAGAAGAGGUACAGGGAAGGCAUGACCCCUAAGGUAUCCCCUCGCAAGGCCUGCUCAACACAGUCGGGUGAAGCGACGUCUGUGACGGACACAGUGAUUACGUCAACACGCGACAGCACAUUGGUAUCAGCACAGGAUAACAUAGCGACUAGUGACGACACGGCGACAUCAUCACGCGACAACACUGUAACAUCAGCACAUGAAGGGUCACUGUCGUGUGAUGAUACGAUCACCUCGAACGACGAUACGACGACAUCGCCAAUUAACACAAAUGGAAAAAAGGUUGCGAAAAUAAACUCUGGCUUAAAGAACGGAACACACAAGACCACGUUAAUGAUGUUCAUCAUCACGGCCGUGUUUAUUCUCAGCUUUGUUCCUCAUCUGGCUCUGAUGGCGACACGGGCCGUACAGAAACACACGUACGCCCACCUAGAGGGGGCGCCACUGGCUCUGUAUAACCUUUUCCUGAGAACUUACUUCAUCAACUCUGUAUCCAAUCCAAUCAUAUACGGGUUCAUGAGUGACAAAUUCCGAUCACAGGCAAAGAUUGUGUUCAGACGGAUGUGUUGUAAGAAGUAAUGUAAGCACUGAGAACUGUAUUCUUAUCAAUGUUUAAAAUAAUGAAGGAUACAACUUCA